AGGACAAGAACGCUAGAACUCAGUCAAGGAAGCCUUCGUUUGCAAGACCUUUACAAGGCUGUUUAGGAUUAGGGUAGGACAUUUUAAUUAAUUCACUCACCUGCUUAUUUCCUUAACAUAAAGCCCUCCAAGGGCCUUAUCCCGACCUUCCAUGCCCUGCAGCGCUAAUUUAAAAACAAAGCCAGCCCCCGCUGAGACACGCCCAUAGCCGCGCUCUCUCCCCACAUAACCUCCCAUUCUGCGGCAUUCUCCCACCCUGUUCCACCCUUCGCGCUUGAGCUGUUUAGAUCUUCGUGGCUUGCCGUGGUAGAGGUGACGUAUACAGUCCCGUGCUCCCAUUGGCUGAUUCAAUCGUCGCGGGCUACUUGAAAGGCGAAAAGUGGAGCGGGCCUACAGAGCGAACAGCCGCGGAGCGUCGCAGGAUCCCGGCGGUUGCGCGGCUUGGCGCUUUCCCCUUCCCAAGUUCGGAAUCCAGCACCGCUCUCACCAUGUUGACGAGCUCCGCCGCCAGCUCGGAUCAGGAGAACCAAGAGAAUGUUCCCCCGGGGACCAAGGGCGCGCCCCACUUGGUCGCCGCUCCGGGCACCCGGACGGUGUUGGGACUUCUGCGGGACAAUCAGCAUCGCUUGGCCCAGCCGCAGGUUCCUCUCUGUCAAAUACCGUGGAGUACUAAUGAUGAGAACCACGUCGACAUUGCAGUGGGCAAAAUGGGGACCAAACAGCCUUUUACCAUCCAUAUGGAUGAGCCUGAGAGCACGAGACCAAAGAAAAAUGGUGCAUCCAAAAAGAUUUUGCCUAAUGAGUAUCUGGCCUUGGAAGCAGCUGUAGUUUCAAUAGGCAGUAGGAAACCUCUUACGCCUAUAGAGAAUCCAAUGGAUCUUGGCUCUGGGUCCCCAAGUAUAAUGGACAUGUCAAUAGUCCAAGAAGUAGAAGAAAGAGUAAAUGUUAAUCAUGUACCUGACUACAUUGAUGACAUCUUUAAGUAUCUCAGGGAAAUGGAGGUGAAAUGCAAGCCCAAAGUGGGUUACAUGAAGAAGCAGCCAGAUAUUACAAACAACAUGCGAGCUAUUCUUGUGGACUGGCUAGUGGAAGUUGGUGAAGAAUACAAAUUGCAAAAUGAGACUCUGCACCUGGCUGUAAACUACAUUGACAGGUUUCUUUCUUCUAUGUCAGUGCUAAGAGGGAAGCUUCAACUUGUAGGGACUGCAGCCAUGCUGUUAGCAUCGAAGUUUGAAGAAAUCUACCCGCCAGAAGUGACAGAAUUUGUUUACAUCACAGAUGACACUUACACAAAGAAACAAGUCCUAAGGAUGGAGCACUUAGUUCUAAAAGUUUUGUCAUUUGACUUGGCAGCGCCAACUAUAAACCAGUUCCUUUCUCAGUACUUCUUACACCAGCCAGCUAAUUCCCAAGUGGAAAACCUGGCAACAUAUUUGGGAGAGCUAAGCCUGAUUGAUGCUGACCCAUUUCUGAAAUACUUGCCAUCUGUCACUGCUGCUGCAGCAUUUCAUAUAGCAAACUACACAAUUACUGGAAGAACUUGGCCUGAAUAUCUUGUCCAAGCAACAGGAUAUACAAUAGAAAGUCUUCAGCCUUGUCUCAUGGACCUCCACAAGACCUACCACAGAGCAGCACAGCACACACAACAGUCCGUAAGGGAAAAAUACAAGGCUUUAAAGUACAAUGCAGUAUCGCUCAUUGAACCACCAGAGAGACUAAACUUAUAACAACCGAGAGACUGAGGCUCUUAGGUGUAUAUUACCUACAACAGCAAUGUACAGUUUUAAACUUUUACUUAUACUUCAAUCACUCUGGUAUAUUACCAUAGAAAAUUAUGAAGUUUUCUACUUUUAUAAGGUUUUAAUGUAAACUUUUGUAAAUGCAAUCUUAUUCUAAGUACUUAGGGUGGUGCUCUUUAAAGUUCUGGGGAAAUAAACCAUGGAGGUCAAUUGCUGAUGUCAUUCCUUAUAGUUUUAAUAAGAGCAGCAUAUCUAAUUAGGGAUUUUGACUCUAAAUGGCAAAUCAAGACAUCUUGGAGUCAGCAACAUGCUUGAGUUGGUUCUUCUCCAGACUCAAAGUUACUACAGGGUAUUACAUGUCAGCUAGCAAUUUAAUGUUUAACAUUAGUAAAAUGAUGCUAUUAUGCCUCUUUCAACAACUUAAGAUUUCAGGCCAGCUACCGGAAGCCUGUAACAGCUUACAUAGGGCUGCAUAACUACAAGGCAGUAAAGAUGCAUACAAACACUGCAUGAACUGUGACUGUAGCUUGGAGUCAAGGGAACAAGUGCUGUGAAAUAACAGGUAUUACUGGAGUUUGGAAACUGGAUUCUGGAAUGGUAUUUCCAGUACUCAUUGGAGCAACAGUUAAUCCUUGUUUGCUGUUUGUCAGACUAGGCUUGGCUUUCUCACCUAUGGGUGCAAUGGCUGUAUAUUUAAGACAAGAGUUAGAAGGAUAAUGUAGUGCUGAAGAAUGCUCUCCUUAACUCCUGCAAAAAGGGCAAGCUCAGAAAACCUCUACAGGGGGAACAUAUCAUUAAGUGAAGGCCAUUUGUUCUACUUUUACUACAAUUAGGAGUACUGACACAGGGAAGAAGUAGUGGACAUCACUGAAAUAAACCCUAGUUCAAAAGGUUUUCUAUGUUUGUAGGAAUGGAUAUUUUAUAAUUGUAUCAACAGAACUAAAUUCUUGUAAACCAGACUUAUGCCGCUUGCUGUGCUUACAGUGAACUAAACCAUGGGAAGAGCAAAUGUAAACUAUCUUGAAGCUGGCCAAUAAAAUCCUAUAAAAAGGA